UUGUGAGUCCAGGACAGCAAAGUUUGCUGCUCCCCACCAGCCUUGCAGUGUUUGGGCUGAUCACCAGGAAGGCAGCAGAAAGAGAAACUCAGUUCAAACUUCACCUGAAGCCUUGGUCUCCCCCUCUUCCCAAAUCAAGAAAGAGAGGGGACAUUUACCCACCCUUUGCUGCACUCCAAGGGCACCCCUAUGAAGGCAACUUGCUGGAUCCUGGCAGGUUUUUACCUGCUUUUCUGCUGCAAGGCAGAAGAGGGACUGAACUUCCCCACUUACGAUGGGAAAGACCGAGUGAUCGACCUGAACGAGAAGAACUACAAGCAGGCCCUGAAGAAGUAUGACAUGCUCUGCCUGCUCUUCCAUGAGCCUGUGAGUUCUGACAAGGUCUCCCAAAAGCAGUUCCAGAUGACAGAGAUGGUUCUGGAGCUGGCAGCUCAGGUCCUGGAGCCCAGAAGCAUCGGUUUUGGGAUGGUGGACUCCAAGAAGGAUGCCAAACUUGCCAAAAAAUUAGGCUUGCUUGAAGAGGGAAGUCUCUAUGUCUUUAAGGAUGAGCGGUUGAUCGAAUUUGAUGGGGAACUGGCCACAGAUGUCUUGGUGGAAUUCCUCUUGGAUUUGCUAGAAGACCCCGUGGAGGUCAUAAACAGCAAGCUGGAGCUUCAGGCCUUUGACCAGAUUGAUGAUGAAAUCAAACUCAUCGGCUACUUCAAAGGAGAAGACUCUGAACAUUUCAAGGCAUUUGAAGAAGCUGCCGAACAAUUCCAGCCAUACAUCAAGUUCUUUGCUACUUUUGACAAAGGGGUUGCCAAGAAGCUAGGUCUGAAGAUGAAUGAGGUGGACUUCUAUGAACCAUUUAUGGAUGAGCCUGUUCACAUCCCUGAUAAGCCUUACACAGAAGAGGAGCUGGUUGAAUUUGUGAGAGAGCACAGAAGGGCCACCUUGAGGAAGCUGCGCCCAGAGGACAUGUUUGAGACGUGGGAGGAUGACAUGGAGGGUAUCCACAUCGUAGCCUUCGCUGAAGAAGAUGACCCAGAUGGUUUUGAGUUCCUGGAAAUCCUGAAGCAGGUUGCCAGGGACAACACCGAUAAUCCUGACCUGAGCAUUGUCUGGAUUGACCCUGAUGACUUUCCUCUGCUGAUCACUUACUGGGAGAAGACCUUCAAGAUCGACUUGUUCAGACCACAGAUCGGGGUGGUGAAUGUCACAGAUGCUGACAGCAUCUGGAUGGACAUCAGAGAUGAUGAUGACCUGCCCACAGCUGAGGAGCUGGAAGACUGGAUAGAGGAUGUGCUUUCUGGGAAGAUAAACACUGAAGAUGAUGAUGACGAUGACGAUGAUGACGACGAUGACGACGACGACGAUGACGACGACGACGAUGAUGACGAUGAUGACGAUGACGACGACGAUGAUGAUGACUAACUGUGACUCUGUGCAGUUUGACUUGUGGGGCCUGAGAGCCCUCCCCCUGCGGCAGGUCCCUCCAUUGGAAGGCCUGUGUUUGAGCGUCAGCAAGCACCGCUGCUCCUCUUUGCCCCCUGCCCUGCUCCCCCUGCCCCUGCCCUUGCCGGGACCCCCUGGCCUGAUUCUCAGUGGUGCUGAGCCACCAGGACUGCCCCUGUGGUGGGCAGCGCCUGCAGGCACCCAGCACCGCUGCAAAUCAUGCCUCCUUAGUAAGGACAAUAGGAAUCUGCAGGGAAUCUGCCCCCAGUGUCCCAGGGCAGGAGAAAAGUGCCUGCCUGCUUGCUGCCAGAGGGACGCAGGGAGCCAGUUUGUGUUUUCCAUGUUCAUCAGCACGGCACUUAACAUCCAAAGACCAAAUCUCCCUUCAAGACAUUGAGAAGGUCACUGUAAAGUUUAGUCCUUUUAUUAAACACAAUGCCCUUUGCAGAUACUCUGCCAAGACCACUCAAUCCGCAAGUCCUGCUGUGGGAUCCCUAGCUACUCAUUAAAAUGCUAGGAGCAGCAAAAUGCUUUGGGAGGGGAGGAAGGUUUUAGGGAUGCUAUUAAAGUUUUCAGUGAUUCCACAUAA